GUCUCCAGGACAAAAACCCCCUGUCACAACCAGGCAGAGCGCACCAUGUCCUUCAGCCCCAAACACUCCACCUCCACCUCCACCCCAUUCUCAGUCAGCGACAUUUUGAGCCCCAUGGAGGAAAGUUACCGGAGGUUCGGCGGGAUGGAAGCCGCGGCGGGGAGCCUCUCUUACCGGCAGCCUCAAGUCUCUCAGCCCGGUACGCAGCAGCACCUCCAUCACCACCACCACCACCAUCACCACAUGUCCUCCUCUUCAUCCUCACCCUCCUCCUCCUCUUCCUCAGCAGCAGCAGUGGGACCAGGGGGACCGUAUCACCACCACCACCACCACGUCCCCGCGGGAGUGCCGCAGUUCUCCGGGGCCGUCGGAGGCUUCUGCGGCGGAGGGAUCGGCACCGUGGGAGACCUGCCGUCCUACCAGGAGACGGUACGCGGAGGCGGGGCGGCCUGGUACAGCACCCCGGAGCCCCGGUACCAGACGAUCUCCAGGUUCAUGAACCCCUCGGGAGGGAUGAACAUGUCCGGGAUGGUGAGCAGUUUGUCCGGCAUGGAUCCCUGCAACAAGUCCAUGGUGACCAUGCACGCGAAUCCGCGGAGGAAGCGGCGCGUGCUCUUCUCGCAGGCGCAGGUGUACGAGCUGGAGCGGCGCUUCAAGCAGCAGAAGUACCUGUCCGCGCCAGAGAGGGAACACCUGGCCGGACUCAUCCACCUGAGCCCCAACCAGGUGAAGAUAUGGUUCCAGAACCACCGGUACAAACUGAAGCGGCAGAACAAGGACAAAGUGCCGCAGCAGGAAGGAGGAGGAAACACCGCUGAAGGUCUUUGCGCAACGACGCACCGCUCCUCCUCCGUGUCCCCGGUGCUCUCCAAGACCGGUAAAAGCUGCCAGGAUGAGUCCAGCCACACCGGAAACAGACGGGUGGAGGUUCUGCUCGCAAGCGGAAACCCGCGUUCCUCCGCAGAGGUGCUGGAUGAUUUGUCCCAAAGUCCGCCGCUCGGCCUUCAUGGACAGAUCAACAUGACGCAGACGGACGCGGCGCUAAUCGAGUACACGAACAGCAUGAUGGGGUCCAAUUUACUGUACGGGAGGACUUGGUAGGGACACCGGGAGGAAGAGAGACAUUUACCCGUUCUGAGAGGCAUAAAUCCCGGGUUGGAUUUCUCUUUGGGAGGACAAAAAAGUCGCACAAGAGUUUUUUCUUUUCUUAUUAUUUCCGUGCGUAAAAGUCUGUUUCUUUUACGCACCGAGCACACAAACAGCAUGACGGGGUCCAUUUUACUCUAUGGGAGGACUUGGUGGGGACACCGGGAGGAAGACAGACUUUUACCCGUUCUGAGAGGUAUAAAUCCCGGGUUGGAUUUCUUUUUUGGGAGGAGAAAGAAAAAAGCACCAGACUGUUUUUCUCGUCUUUUUACUCACCAUAAAAGUCUGGUUCCUUUACGCACAGAGUACACAAACGGCAUUAUGGGGUCCAAUUUACUGUACAGGAGGACUUGGUGGGGACACCGGGAGGAAGACAGACUUUUACCCGUUCUGAGAGGCUUAACUCCCGGGUUGGAUUUCUUUUUUGGGAGGAGAAAAAAGACGCACAAGACUAGUUUUUCCCCUCAUCAUUUCCGUGCGUAAAAGUCUGUUUCCUCUGCGCUCAGAGUACACAAACACCACGUUGGGAUCCAAUUUACUGCACGGGACGACUUGGUAGGGACACCGGGAGGAAGACGAACAUUAAAAACCCGUUCUCAGAGGCAUCAACCCCGAAUUGGAUUUCUUUUUUGGAGGAAAAGCACCAGACGGUUUUUGUCAUUUUUUCCAUGCGUAAAAGUCUGGUUCCUUUACGCACACAGGGACACUAAAGAGCAAUACCGUGCUAACAAUGAACUUUAAAUGACAGCCUUGGACUGAAUGUUAAUACUCUUCCUCUUUAAAAUACUUUUUUUUUGUAACUGACAAAAUGUGAAUGCUGCUGCGUUUAAAGGGGGAUGAGCCACUUUCCCUUUUUCAUCCAAUUACGCAAAUUAAAUUAUUGCAGGUUUAUAUAUAAAAGGUGAAGCACUAGAGGCCGGUUUGAAAACAUUAUCCCACAUAUUUUCAUUUCCAGUAAAUCAUUCAUUUUUCUGUCACAUUUUUGUUUUGAAUAAAUGAUAUUUGCAUUUUG